CCUUCCCUCAAGCACCGCGAGUCUUGUCAUUGAUUGAACAACUUACCAUUGACCACUCUGCCUUGCACGAUGGCAACUAAAUAUGCCUUUUCUCAGAGCCUCAAAGAGCUUCGCUUCCAUCUGUGCCAGAAGUCGGAUCACAGCGCCGCUACUAGACAAUUCCUGCUAAGAUCGUAUCCGACAAUGAAGAAGCACAACCCCCACACUCCUAUCUUGAUACGAGAGGCGUUCGACGUUCAGCCAAAGGUGUGGGCACGAUAUGAGUAUGGAAAGGAAAAAAUGGUUCCUUUGAGUAACCUUGACGAAAAGGCUAUCGAGAGUAAAGUGAAGGAGUUAGUCUCAGCAAGCUCGUAAUUUGUCACGCAGUGGAACGAACAUGCAUAAAGCAAAAGAGGAGGCCUUCAUACCCGUAUUGUACAUAUCUAUCGCGAGGAUUGACGGGUUAUCAGAGCUUGAUGUGGAGACAUGCUAUGAGAUGUGUACGAUACGCCUUCGGGAGAAAACAGUCAAAUAUCGCACGUCUUUUCAGCGCAUGUGAAUAGACUUUUCUUCUAUAACGCUAUAACGUACGUGAAUAUUCCCUUUAGUAUUUUGCCAUUUCACGACAAAUCACGUUCUCUUGCAAAGCUCCUUGUCUAUUGUUUGCCCCCCUUAUUUGCUUUGUGUCCUUCUGUUACCGGCCAAUCUCACGUCUGAGUCUCCCCUCUGCAGUACUUUCGCGAGCUCUUGGCCAAGAAUCCACCGCGUCCUCUACCUCCUCCAAAAAACUUUCGCUGUUGUGUAUAGUGGUCCCACCGAGAACGACCCUCACACCCGGUGAGCUCGCAUUAAUUUGGGCUACCACCCUGGCCUCCUCGUAGGUAGCACCGCCUACGAUGAAAACAAUUAUAUCCUGUGGUUUGUCGCGCGUUUGCCCUCCGCCUUCCAAGAAUGGGAACAUGCUAUCUUUGAGCCUUCGGUUGAUCAAGUCCUGUAGGAUAGCCUCCAGACGUGGGGAAUGCUGUGUAUAUACGUUCUCAACGCCCUUGAGUCCUCGGGACAGCCGGUCACGCGCUCCAGAGAAAAAUGAUCCAGACUGAAAUAGGUCUGGUAGGCCGCCUGGGCCCCCUGCUUGAGGAACAGCCUGCAGAGAAUUGUGGUAAUCAAGGAGCUUCGUGACUAUGUCAAUGCGAUUUUUGGGAAGGGUUGUGGUUGCGGCAAGGAGCUCCAUUAGGGCUGGUGUAUUGUUAUUAGUUGAUUUUGAAUAGCGCAAAGCGUAUAUGGCGAUAAGCCGCAAUUUGUUCGUCGCUGAGACAUUUGGAU